AAAUCUGAAAUAAUUUCUUCAGUGCUUCCCACGAUCCACCACGGCCAGUCAAUCAUCGACAGGAAGAGUGAGUUUCAAGGACAUCUGGCUUCUAUUUGCCAUCAGAAACAGGUGCAGAUGGUUGUGAACAAGCUGAAGGAGAAUAACAAGAUAAAUUCUGCCAAACACAACAUCGUUGCCUACAGACUCGAAACUGGGAAUGGGAAGGUUAUUGGCGACUCAUUUGACGACGGAGAACACCAGGCCGGGGGGCAGGAUGCUUCACUAAAUAUUAUAAUUUUUAGCAGAUGGACGCGAGAAACGUGGUGGUGGUGGUUGUUCGGAAACAUCCUACUGGGACCGGAUCGCUUCAAACACAUCAACUCCUGUACUAGAGACAUACUGGAGGAGCAUGGGUAUCUACAGCAUAAGGUUUGGUUUUUCUUUUCUUACAUGUUUAUUUAUGUGAGAAAUAAAAAAAAUUACAAGUGCUAA